UUUUUUUCUUUAUAUGAAUAAAAGACCAUUAACUCUUUCUCUCCUCUUCUUCACUUGCUCUAUACUAGUUCUUUACCUUUAAGACUCUCUCUCUCUCUCUCUCUCGAUUGUUUUUUUUCUUCUUUCAUUUGCUAAAGAAAAAAAAAACAUGGAUAUCUCUCAAAACCCUAGCUUCACAUGCUUCUCCGAUGAAAACUUUAUUAAUCCUUUCAUGGACAACAAUGAUUUCUCGAAUUUGAUGUUCUUCGACGUCGAUGAAGGAGGCAACAAUGGAUUAAUCGAUGAGGAGAUUUCAUCUCCGACAAGCAUCAUUUCGUCGGAGACAUUUACCGGUGAAAGCGGCGGUUCCGGCAGCGCAACAACGUUGAUUAAAAAGGAAUCAACAAAAAAUAGGGGAAGUAAAGAGAGUGAGACGAAGGAGAUGGGUCAUCGAGUUGCAUUUAGAACGAGAUCGAAGAUUGAUGUGAUGGAUGAUGGUUUUAAAUGGAGGAAGUAUGGGAAGAAAUCUGUCAAAAACAACAUUAACAAGAGGAAUUACUACAAAUGCUCAAGUGAAGGUUGCUCGGUGAAGAAGAGGGUGGAGAGAGAUAGUGAAGAUGCAGCUUAUGUAAUCACAACAUACGACGGAGUCCAUAAUCAUGAGAGUCCAUCUCACGUCUAUUACAACGAGAUGGUUUUGUCUUAUGAUCAUGACAAUUGGAACCAACACUCUCUUCUUCAAUGUUAAUCCAAAAGCUAUCCUCCUCAUUGAGAUUGUAAGAUAGAGCUACGACGAUUAUAUGUAAUCUCAAUGCCUCAUGUAAUUUUAUAGGUAUAAUAACGGAGUUGUUCAAUGUAUGUAUAUGGAUAUGAAGCAUAAAUCUUGUUGUUCGCUAAUACCAAAUCCUAAUUAGUGUACAGUUGAAAAUUUGCAAUGUUGUAUGGUCGUAUGAUUUUUAAAGAUCAA